CAGCCAUGCUGGGGUACUGCCUUGAAAGUAAAUUAAAAAUUUUCCCAACAUGGCUCGACGCACUAAUUCAGUCCGUGUAAGACGAAGGCAGUCAGAUGCAAAAUGGCGUGCGAGUGUUGCCAAUGGAUAUAACACAUUGAAAAUGAUAACAGAUGCUUCAAAUAAGAAAAAAUCCAAGAAGAAAUACUCAAAGGCCCAUAUACUUCAAGAAACAGUCAAUCACAUCAACUUCUUGGAAUCUAUUUUAGCAAAUUUCCUAUCAGAAAAAAAGAAAUUUGUUGACAGUGGUUUACUUCCAGAGACAAGUAAUAUUUUAUCUGAUAUCAAUGAGGUCAGGAAUGAAUUUUCUGCAAAGCAAGCUGGAAUAUUUUCAAGUAGUUCAAUGAUGAGGAAAUGUAAUUUUUUAGAUGAUCUUUUAAAUGAAAUAUACGAAUUGGAUAAUCAAAUUUCACCAGAAACUGGAUGUUUUGAUUCUUCUCAAAGUCCCUCAGAAACACAGGAAAAACAUAUCUCUUCAACCGUAGCAUGUGAAGAAACUGAGGUUUCAAAUAUUACUGGCAGCAACUAUCCAUUUUGGCCAAGCAAGAAUCCUAAAUGCUUUGCAAAUGAAGAAGAGAUUCAGAUAUUUUCACCUGUUAAAAAGAAGAAAUUUGAUGAGUUGUUAAAUCAGAAAUUUUGUAAUGGAUCUAAUAAUAAUAAUCAUAAUAAUAAUAGUUACAGCACACCCAAAGAAGGUGACAAAUUCCUUAAGAAAUAUGAUCCUUUUAUAGGGAAAGAAUUAAUGCCAAUUAAAAAAGAAUCUACUUUUUCCCACCCAUCCAGUUCUGAUAUCUUACAAUUUUCCACAUUUGAGACCCCUAAAAAGAAGCAUGACAUUUCUGGAAAGAAAGAUCAAGAAAACUUUACAAUCUCAGGAAGCCAUUUCCAAUUAAGACAGCUGUCUUGUGGAACUUCUACAUUCACUCCUUUAAAGAGCCCUCCCAUUUUUGAUUUGGGAUUAUCACCAAUAACAACUCCCUGCAUAAAACAACUUAAUAACUAUUUGCCUUGUGGUCUUUAUGUGCCGAGUCCUGAUAAUGAUGCCAAUAAAUAUCUGAUUUGCAAUGAAAAUAUCAAUGAAAUAGAUAAAGUUACUUCAAGCUCUGUUACAAAACUGAAUACUUCCAGAAGCAUUAAACAUGGGACAACUUGCAGAAAAAGACUGGAUAAAUUUUUUACUGAAUCAAAGCAGGAACCAACUCCAUUGCCUCCUGAUAAUUACUUAAAUAAGAACACAGACAGUCUAGACUUUGAUGGUUAUUUCUUCUUUUACAAACAAAUAGUUGAAGAAAUGAAACACCGACCGUAUGAACAACGAUUAGAUGACAUGGACAUAGCAUCAAAAGUGUCCAAAAUGUGGCGUGGUUUAUCAGCCGAACAAAAGAAGACCCUAAUGACACUUGCUGCUUUAGAGAAGAAUGAUGCACAGUGUAGUAAACUGACUGAUGACCUGCAAAAUGUUGAUGUGAAAAAAGUAAUUGAUAUUGAUGAUAUUGAUGACGCUCAACUUUUUAGCAGAAAUACAGGAAAUGGUUUCCAGAUUGUUCCUGAAAUGAAUUUGCAACACUCAAAAGAUGAAGGUUUCUUAACAACAACAUUUCCAAGAGACGUCAGUCAAAAUUACUCUCAUUGUGAAGUUCCAGAAUAUAAUCCCUGUAAGAUUUUCCAAAGUCCAUCUUUGACAGCUUUGAAUUGGUCAACCAACCAUUGCACCUGGAAGGCUAAUAUCAACAACCAGUCAACUAAUAACUCAUCAAUUUGUUCCUCACAUAAAAUGGACUUUGACAAUGAAAGUGAACUUGUGCCCACCUGGGGUGAAGAAGUAUAACUCCAAAGUGUAUUUCAGGUGGUCUUGGAAUUUGAAAGAAAAAAAGAAAAGCUAUUGUUUGUUUUUUUUUGUUUGGAUUCAUUGAUUGUUAUUUUAAUUCAGUAAUACUUUAUAGAUUCAUAGAUCAGAUAUUUAUAAAUUGGU